AUGUAUCGGUGUUUAACUAGCAUAAGGACAAGUAGGGACUGUGAGACAGAGAAGGUUUCACCUCCUCAUACUAUCGUCCUGAUGAUUAAGUCUCAGCAGAGAAGUUUGGAGGCAUAUUCAAAUCACAGCACACAGAAAAUCGAUGUGGAGAUCAGCGAACCAAUAGACUUUAGUUCUGGAGAUCAUCAACAUCUGGUUCGGAAAGUCGCAGGUAGAAACAUCCAUUCCAAAUCUGGUGAGCUCUCCUCAGAAUCAACUUCAAGUGAGUCACAAAACAUGAAGGGGAAUCCACACUCAAAGGCUAGUGAGCGAGCGGAUACCUACGUGGUACAAGUUUCAGAUGACACCACCCCAGAAGCCAGCAGUGCAGCUAAUUUAGCCAGUCCAUUCUCAGACACAUCUAUCCGCAGAGCUUUCAUUACAAAAGUGUUCCUCAUCCUAUCACUUCAGUUGCUGGUCACUGCGGCAAUUAUCAGCAUGUUUGUUUUCUGGAAUGAUUUAAGGACUUGGGUACUUGCAAACUCCUGGUUCACCUAUGCGCUCUUCCCAGCGUUUUUUGUUGUACUUAUUGUACUUGCUUGCUGUGGGAAUCUCCGCCGUCAAGUGCCUGCAAAUUACAUUCUUCUGGGAUUCUUUACAAUUCUUCAAGGUCUGCUGCUAGGAGCGGUGUCAGUUUUCUAUAAGGCCGACGAAGUGUUAUGGGCAACGGCAGCAACCGCUCUGGUGACGUUAGCGCUCACGUUAUUUGCUCUGCAAACAAAAUGGGAUUUCACCUUGCUGAAUGGAGUGCUGUUUGUUUUCCUCUUCGUCCUUCUGGUGUAUGGAAUUAUCUUACUCUUCAUAAGAUCGUAUUGGCUGCAUCUGCUGUACGCCGGACUUGGAACUGUGCUCUUCUCACUUUAUCUGGUAAUGGAUGUGCAGCUCAUGGUGGGAGGGCGCCAUCACCAUUCUGACCUGGACCCUGAGGAGUACAUUUUUGCUGCCCUGAACAUCUACCUGGACAUUAUCAACCUUUUUCUUUUUAUUUUGCAACUGAUUGGACUGGGGCGGUAAUCAUAUGCCAAAGGCUGGUUUGUGUUGAGAAGAGGGGAGGAGGGACACCUGUUAAGUGUCACCAAGCUCAGACAUGCAGAGGUUAGCAAACUUUUUAUUUAAAAAAAAUUAAAUUAAGAAUACUUUUUUGUUGUUGUUAUUAAGUGAAACCAAGCAUUCAGUAGACGUAGCUGUAGUUGUUUUCAUUUCAUUGUCAUAUAGCGAAACUUUGUGACUUGGGGGGGGGAUUUCUGAUUUUUGUAAAUUCAAAGCUGAGUACCGUAAUUAUAUACCACAAACAUUUGUAAGAUGUCCAUUACUUCACUGAGGUUUUCUAGACACUGUUUAAAACUAUAAACAAUCUCUCUACAUGAAUAAAAUAGAUA